UAUCACCGUAACAAUCUUCAUUAUCGUCAUCAUUAUCAUCAACCACCAUUUCCAUACGACCAUCAUCUAAAGGUACCAAUCAGUAACAGUAUCUGUAUCUUCACCAUCCAUAACCUUAGUGAUAAACCAGAGACCACAUCACCACCAUACAUCGUCACCAUCAUCAUCACCUCAUCGGGACAUCGUGUGCCAUUACUGUCGUCAUCAUCGCCAUGGAUUCUAUCUUACCUGCAUGGGGAAGAAUCGAAACCCUAAAAGCUUGCUUUGUUUUGUUUUCAUCUUCUCUCCUUCGAGUGGGAGCAAACGGAGCUGCACCGCCAUGAUUUCUUUCAUUCUCCUACAGUGAGCACUGACUGAUUCCACAGCCUCCAGGAUCAACUUCCCUUCAUGGAAAGGUUAGACGGUUUGGAUUUUGACUCUGUAAAGGGCGCAAGGAAGCCCAGAACAUUUGUGUCUAGAAAACCUCGAACUGCAUCAUCCCAGAUGUUUCUUAAUGAUUGUGGUCAUGAUCCAUUAUUAUCUCCACUAUCAUCUUCUCCUUUUGACAAUGGGCCUGCUACUCAUAAUGGAAGCAGCUCAGAGAAUUUGAGCCUGUUCGCAAGUGAUGAUAAUGGUUGUGAUCAAGGCGCAGUAAAACAGAAGAAUAGGAAGGAAGAGGGUUCUUUGUCAAACAAUUUCCAUCAUGAGAGAUCAGGAAAUCUGGGGAAUAUCAAGCAUGGAAAGUGCUGGGGUGACAACUCGGUUCUUGAUCUAGAUAAUACAAGGAAUGUGGAUGACGCUGAUGUAGCUGGGGAGUAUGAUAGGACUAAACUUGGCAGGAACCAUAACAGAGAUGGCAAAGGUUUGGGUGAUCUGAAAGCAAGGAAAGAAAAUGUAAUCGUAGAGGAUAAGAAAUCAGGAAGGUUUAGUGCUUCAUCAAAGGGGGAUCCUGAAAUGAAUGUACUUGAGAAUCCAAGGGUGCGAGUUUCAAAAGGGUUGUAUGUUAAAGAUCAAGUUAAACCUGGUUCUAAUGCUAGGUGCAGUGAAGGGGUUCUUGCACCAGCUAGAAAAAGUGCCUCUGAUUGGGGAAAUCAAUCAGACUCGCAUUCAUUUAAGGGAAGCUUGGAUAAGCCUGGUAAGAGAGCCAAAAGAUCUAGUGGGGAAUAUGACCUUUCUGAAGGUGAUUCAAAACUGGUAGAUCGAGCAGGUGAUCCUUCAUCUCAGGAAAACAGACCAACAAAAGUAAAGCUUAAGGUAGGAGGUGUAACACACACUCUACAUGCAAAUCAUAAUGGAAAUUCUGACACCAGAAAGCUUCAUGUUACUUUAAAAUCUUCUGAUAUUAGACAGCUAGAGAAAGUAACUUCCAAGGAGAACAGUGAUGAUUGUCUUCAAAGAAUGGAAAAGUAUGUAUCUAUUGUAUCCAAUUCCAGAAUGGAUGGGAGUCAUACCUCAGAGGGUUCAAGAAGGAGCUCAGAAGAAACUGCAUUUACAAAGAAAACAGAUAAUGAUAUUGCCAAUUCUUCUGCUUCUCAGGCAGUUCGAAAGAGUUCAAGAGUUCGAAAGAGGCGUGUGCUUGAUGGGGAACAUAGUGAUGAUGGUAAUGAAGAUAAGGCUUUAUAUCAGAGCAGUAAGGCUUCUAAAGGAAAGGUUUCUGAUGGUCCAUAUGGUGAAGAUUUUGAGGAAGAAGCUCCAAAACGCAGAAGUUCACGUGUUCCUAAAAGGAAAGUAGCAGAACCAGAAUAUCAUGAUGAAGAUGAGAAUUAUUAUACCAAUCGAUUUAGCAAGAAUAGUAAAAAGAAAAGGGUGGUGGGCAGGGUACUCCAUGACAGUGAAGAAAGUGCUGCAUCAAGUAGUGAAGAUAUUAGUGAUUCAGACCUUGAGUCAGAUGUGAAAAAGAAAAAGAGCAUAAAGCGAGAAUUGGUUGGGUCUUUUGUUGAUGAGAAGAAAGAAACUUCCCUCACGGCAAGGCAACGGGCACUUCAAUCUGUCAAAGAGGCUGAACCCAAAGCUUCUUCAAAGUUCAUUGACUUUCCUGAUGGAUUGUUGGAAGCUGGGCAAAGAAAGCAAAAAGAGAAAAUUUCAGAUUUGGAUCAACAGCUGAAAAAAGCCGAGGCUGCUCAACGUCGUAGAAUGCAAGUGGAGAAAGCUGCAAAGGAAAUCCAGGCUGAAGCAAUAAGAAAGAUCUUGGGCCAUAAUUCAAAUAGAGAAUCACGAAGGGAUAAAUUACGUCAAAAGCAGACUGAAAUAGCAAAGGAGAAAUCUUCUUCUGUGGGUCUUGGGUCCAAUACCAUCAGGUGGGUCAUUGGACCAACUGGCACCACUGUCUCAUUCUCUGAAGAUGCAGGGCUUCCUAGCAUAUUCAGUUCAACUAUUUCCAGGUAUCCUCCACCUCGAGAAAGAUGUGCAGGGCCUUCUUGCACUAAUACGUACAAAUACAGAGAUUCCAAGUCUAACCUUCCUCUUUGCAGUCUUCAGUGCUACCGAGCAGUUAACGAUAGAAUUCAACCAGUCACAACCUGCUAGUGUCUUGAACCCCUAUUGUUUUCGGUUUUUGUGAGCAACCAAACACAUAUUUGUGACUGCAGAAAGGGUGAACUCUUCAACUCUUUCGUUAUGUUUCCUGUGCUUUACUGCAUCAAAACAAAAAAGCUGGAUUUUGUUAUCAACCGAGUUUCCUUGGUCCUUAAUGUGUGAUUUUCAAUCAUAAGACUAACUGCAUAUAUACGCAUUUUUUUCCUUUG